ACGGAUGAGAUACAAGUGGCUUGUUGUCAAAUAAUUUGUGAUCGAUGACGAAUUAUUAAAACUCGUGUAAAUGAGAUUUUAAUUAAAAGAAACACAUCAUAAUUUUACAUUGUAAACUGUAGUAAUUGAAAUAACAAAUAUGAAUAAUCCAGGAAUGAAUUCGGCGACUCCAGGUGUGCCGCAGGUGCCGCUGCUGGAUGACGACACCAUCGCCUUCGGAGAAGAGGAUAAUGCUAACAAACAGUUUGUCCACCCGUAUAUAGUGUUCUUCCACUUGGUGUUCCGCUGCUCAGCCAUAGUGGUCUACAUGCUCUGCGGAUGGUUCUCCGACUCCUUCAUAGCCAGCUUUGUUCUUGUCAUCUUGCUGCUGUCAGCUGACUUCUGGACAGUCAAGAAUAUAAGUGGUCGGCUCCUAGUUGGGUUGCGAUGGUGGAACUAUGUGGACGAUGAUGGCAAGUCUCACUGGGUGUUCGAGACAAAACAGGUAAAUAAUCGAGUGAAUCAAAAUGAGAGCCGUCUGUUCUGGAUGGGGCUGAUCCUGUGCCCUCUCAUCUGGUCAACAUUCUUCAUCUUCUGUCUCUUUGGACUUAAAUUCAAAUGGAUGCUUCUAGUCCUCAUCGCACUAACCCUAACUGGGGCCAACCUGUACGGCUACAUCAAGUGCAAGUUUGGCGCCAAAGAGAACCUCAAGUCUGCCACCACGGAGUUCGUGAAGAAACAGCUGUUCCAAAACGCUACGACCUUCAUGUUCACGCAGCCUGCGCCGCCUACCACUGGCAACACUGGCGUCGUGUAAAAUGUACUCUAUGGGCUUGUACGAAGAAUAA